AUGCUUGAUGGAANUGUUGAUGCAAAUUAUAAAUUUCUGAUGGUUGAUGUGGGAGCAAAUGGCCGAGUGUCAGAUGGUGGUGUGUUGAAGAACACAUUAUUUUGGCGCAAGUUGUCUCAGAACCAGCUUGACAUGCCUGAUCCUGGUGAGUUAUCAGACACUCCUAAUGAAAAAAAUCCAUACGUCUUCAUUGGAGAUGAAGCAUUCCAACUUCUCCCUCAAUUCAUGAAGCCCUACCACAGAGCUGUUUUGACGAACGAGAAAAGGAUUUUCAACUAUAGACUCUCCCCAGCCAGAAGAGUUGUUGAAAAUGCAUUUGGUAUAUUAACGAAGAGAUUCAAAAUAUUUCAAAAUGCCAUUAAAUUAGAACCACCGAAAGCUGUGAAAAUUGUAAUGGCAUGUUGCCAUUUGCACAACUACUUGUGCUCAAAGAACAGAGCCAAGUAUUUGCAACCUCAGGAUAUUGACAGAGACGAUAUUGUGACUGGUGCUGUGGAANCAUUCCUCAUUCCCUAUUCUUAA